ACUGUAUCGACUUUUUGUCUGUCUUUUUGUAUAUAGACCUCACAUACACACACAUUAAAGAGGUUGUUGUGAUGUUCGGAGUGUCCCUGAAUGCAUCCGGAGAUAACGUUCCAUCUGGCAUCGCUUCUGUUUGGGACGAGUGUAUUUUCUGUCAUUUGGUGAGAGUGCAACCCCACGGAGGCCUGAAAUGCUUCUUGAUCUGCAGCCUUCCGUUUCAAUGCUUCACAAGACAUCUCACCUGUGUAACCAUGGUAAGGCCUAUGAAGAAGUUUCCAGCGCUGAUGGCAAGAAGAAGGAGCUGACGCCGACGUUUAUUGACAAAGAAGGACGGGAACAUGUCGCUGAUGCUGGUGAUCAGCGUCUCUAAAUAUGCAAACUGGAGUGGUCUUGCCUCGCUGUCCAGUCCCACAAGGAUGAUCAUGACAAAGAAUGAAAUGGCCCAAAGGUGAGGGAGGGGCAUCAGAGCCACGGCACGAGGCUACUUAAAGAUGUCAGAACCCCAACGCCAAUUACAUAAGAGUAGAGGACCUGGCCGGCGGCAUCCAUCCAAACCUGCAGAUACAGAAGAAGCACACAAUCCAGGAAAGAAAAAGACAAAGUGCUAAAUCCCAGCGAAGGUUUCCCAUGACUUCAAUUCCACUUGAUCGUCCCAAAAUUCUCCUCCUGUGACAGAAACCAGUCAGAAAACUGACACUCAUACACACAUAACGUAAUACUUACUCCCAAUACUCUUCCACUGAAGAUGUGGCAUUCAUGUUCUCUUGGAGAGUUUCAUUGUGCCCCAGACACGCAUCUUUAAUACAAGUUGAGUCCAAUUACUGGCACACUAGUACUUUUUUUUACCAAAAAAUAAUAAUCUUGGUACCUGUGUUCCAGCUGUUAUGACAGUAAGCCCACGGAAGCUCCGAUUGGAAGGACGAGAACAAGAAGAGGAAGCUCCAGGCCAUGAUAACGAUGUAAUGAAUCACUGUAUAGAGAACAACUACCUGGCUGCCAUAUCCUAAACCUGUACAUAUACAAACAUGCUUAUUGAUUAGUAGAUUGAUCCACAGACGGGACUGAUGGAGCUCACCUUGAAAAAGGGGGCAGAUUUUUCUCCAGCAUGUUAUUCCGCCCUGGCUGGUGUACUGGCCCAGUGAUGUCUCCAGAAUGAAAAGGGGAAUACCCCAGGUGAACAGGAACAGGAAGUAUGCAAAGAUAUGGAAAUCUCCAGACAUUCCCCAAGCCAACGAUGCUUCCAGCCACAGCCAAGAAGUAGUCCACUUUGGUGGACCACUGCUCCCUCUGCUGGUCUUUGGAUGCAGGCUUUGUUGUGGUUUCAAGGUUCUCCAGCUCCAUUGGGCUGCUGUGUGACAAUUUCAAUGCCCCCACGCCUCCCUGGUGAGAUGUUCUGGGCAUGCCGAACCAGGAGAAGGCCCCGGUGCAGACUUAGGACACGCUUGAGGGAUUAUGUCUCACAGCUGGCCUGGGAACGCCUUGGUGUCUUCCCGGUGGAGCUGGAGGAGGUGGCCAGGGACCGGGAAGUCUGGGCUUCCCUACUGAGACUCCUGCCCCCACGACUCGGACCCGGAUAAGUGGAGGAGAAUGGAAUGGGAAGAUAGCAAUGAAGUAGACCGCCUAGAUAAAACCAAUGUUCCAGUUCGUUAAAGCGACAGUCAGACAGUGAAGUAGAUGCAAGGGUGAUUUGAAAUGAAACCCGUGGAAACAAACUCAAUGAGAUAUGAGAGCACUUCAGAGAUUGACACCUGCGCUCCCCAUGGGCUCAGCCUUAUCAGAGCUAGACCUACUUGCAGAUGAGCUUCACCUCAGGAUGAAUGGACUGUUAACGUUGUGACUAGCCUUCAUCAGUGUCAUGGAUAAGCCCUUUGACCCAGAGGUCAAGUUCAAGUCGAGCAUAGGCACAGCUCCAUCUGGACCAGUGCUGGUGGCCAGAGGACAAUGGUCCAGCAAAAUCGAGUUCCUCUUAGCCGUUGCGGGACAAAUCAUUGGACUUGGAAACGUGUGGAGGUUUCCCUACCUGUGCUACAAAAAUGGAGGGGGUGUGUUCUUCAUCCCUUAUGUACUCUUCCUCUUCACCUGCGGCAUCCCUCUGUUUCUGCUGGAGACGGCUCUGGGCCAGUACACCAAACAGGGCUCCAUUACCUGCUGGAAGAAAAUUUGUCCCCUCUUUGGAGGGAUAGGCUAUGGAAGUCAAGUGGUGGUCUUAUACUCCAGCAUCUAUUACAUCAUCAUACUGGCAUGGGCCUUCUUGUAUCUCUUCUCUUCCUUCAGCGCUGAACUUCCAUGGGCAAGCUGCAGAAACAACUGGAACACUGAGUCGUGCGUGGAGUUCAGUCAGAGACGUCUUCUCAACUGGACAGUGGCAGAAAACGCAACAUCACCUGUGAGGGAGUUUUGGGAGAGGAGAGUACUGAACUUGACGGGAAGUGUCACUGAGUUGGGAGGAAUGCGAUGGGAGCUGGUUCUUUGUCUUCUCUUGUCUUGGAUCAUCUGUUACUUUUGUGUGUGGAAAGGAGUCAAGUCCACUGGGAAGGUUGUGUACUUCACCGCCACAUUUCCAUAUCUGAUGCUCGCCGUGUUGCUGGUCCGUGGGCUGACGCUGCCCGGGGCCUUAGAUGGCAUCAAGUUUUACCUUUACCCAGACCCGUCCCGCCUGAGCGAUCCACAGGUCUGGAUGGACGCCGGCACGCAAAUAUUUUAUUCCUACGCUAUUUGCAUCGGCUGCCUGGUGGCACUUGGCAGUUACAACAAGUACAACAAUAAUUGCUACAAGGACUGUGUCUACUUGUGCCUCCUGAACAGCGGCACCAGUUUUGUGGCCGGCUUUGCCAUCUUCUCAGUUCUUGGAUUCAUGGCUUAUGAGCAGAACACAGAAAUAUCCAAAGUAGCCGAAUCAGGACCUGGCCUGGCUUUCAUCGCAUACCCUCGAGCGGUGGCCAUGAUGCCCUUUCCUCAGAUUUGGGCCAUCUUCUUUUUCAUUAUGAUCAUCCUGCUGGGACUGGACAGUGAGUUUGUAGGUCUGGAAGCCCUCGCAACGGCGAUUUGUGACCUGAAGCCUUCUUUCUUCCACGUCGGCCAUCGCCGCAAACUCCUCCUGCUCAUCAUCAGUAUUUUCUGCUUCCUCAUCGGCCUCGUAAUGGUCACUGAAGGUGGAUUGUACAUCUUCCAGCUGUUUGACUACUACGCCUGCAGUGGUAUGACGCUACUUCUCUUUGCCCUACUCCAGUCUGUGUGCAUUGGAUGGGUGUACGGAGCAGAUCGCUUUUAUGACAACAUUGAGGACAUGAUUGGUUACAGACCGUUGAGCCUGAUCAAAUACUGCUUGAAAUACGUCACUCCGGUUGUCUGCAUGGGAACAUUUCUCUUCUCCUUGGUGAAGUACCAACCACUGAAGUUCAACAACACCAUUGAGUAUCCAUGGUGGGGUUACACUCUUGGCUGGUGGUUCACGCUGUCCUCCACGCUCAAUGUUCCUUUCUGGAUGGUCUACAACAUCAGCACCACUUCCGGGACACUUCGACAGCGGGUGGCCAACCUUUGCACUCCAUCGGAAGAUCUCCCCUUGUGCAAAUCGGACAAGAAAGCGCUUGAACUGCACAACAUGGCGCCCAAAUCAGAUGCCAUAGUGUGAGAGGGAUAAGCGGAAACACCGUGAGGCACAACACAAACACUUUAAUUAUCUUGACUAUCUUGAAUGAUUUAACAACACCAAAGCACAACCUCAAUGGACCCCCACCUCUUCAAGUCAAGGACACACAAAGUACGUACAUCUGGUUUGGUCCAGUACUCCAUUUGGUCCAUAUACUCCAAUAUUUGAUGGUUUACAUGAAUGGAAGAAAAAACGGGCCAAGAAUUAAAUGGUUCUAUUUUACCACUGAAGUCAGCAGACCAGUAAUCAUAAAUUAGAUUUUAACGUCACAGUCAACUUUUGUUGUUCUUGGUAGCACAAUUCCGUAGCUCAAAAUUGCACUUCUAACUGCGUGAAUCAACUUUUUCAUUUUAUGAUCAAAUUUAAGAUGGGAGUCAUUUUCUGUUUUGUGUUGUUGUUGUUUGUGUCUUUGUGUAGGUGCCAAUGAAGCCAUACAGAUCAUCUGUAAGCUACUACUACAUACUUGAGUGUUGACUAAAGCAAAAAAACUUGUGUUGGGUCCACACCAAUUGUUGAUUUUUAUCAACCACUUUGGCAAAAAGUGCCUUAAAAAGCUCCGGUUCUUCCAUUAUUCACUGAGAAACUAAACAUUUUGCACUAUUUAACACACGUAUUGGAUUAUUGCUUAAGGCUGGUGAAUUUGAAGUGUGAGGCAGAUGACACGAGGACUUCAGGGGGGGAGCAGGGCAGCUUGAGAAAAAUAAAGAAAAAACAAAUAUACUUUGAUAAAUACAGAUACAAUAUACCCAAGGUUUUUGUACGAUUGACCGCUGCACGGCGGUCGAGUGGUUAGCGUGCAGACCUCACAGCUAGGAGACCCGAGUUCAAUCCCACCCUCGGCCAUCUCCCCGUGCAUGUGUGGGUUUUCUCCGGGUGCUCCGGUUUCCUCCCACGUUCCAAAAACAUGCUAGGUUAAUUGGCGACUCCAAAUUGUCCAUAGGUAUGAAUGUGAGUGUGAAUGGUUGUUUGUCUAUAUGUGCCCUGUGAUUGGCUGGCCACCAGUCCAGGGUGUGCCCCGCCUCUCGCCUGAAGACAGCUGGGAUAGGCUCCAGCACCUCUAUUCAAUGAAUGAAUGAAUUAAUGAUUCAUUCUCACACACUACCGACUUACUCAACACUUAUGGAGCACGUACGAAAUAUCCGAAAAUACGGUGCACACAUGUGACCCCUGCAAGUGUGACAUCCGAAAAAAAGACAUUUUGUCCAAACCUGACACCAGCAAAAAGUACAAAAGACGCACGUUGCCCAUUACAAAAAUAUAAGCGCCUGUUUGUUUGUUUGACAUGACGAAGAACCUAGGAGGCCCCAGUCUUUGCCACACUUUAAAAACCCCUCCCUUAAGUGAUCCAAUAACCCACAAAAAAAAAAACAAUAUUGGGGAUAACAUAUUAUCUUAUGUUGGCGUCAGUGCAGUAUUGCUUAAGUGACAAAAUCAAAGUCCUGCUAAGAAACACAACCAAGCACAUGAGUUCCUUGAUGAGGUAAAUGCAUCAGCACUCCGUGGAGUCCAGACCGACACCAAGGCUCUUAAAUCCUCACCAAAUGUACAGUAAAUCUUCAUAGAUACAAACUUCCUGCAAAUCAUCAUAUCAUUGUAUUUUUUAGGUGAAAUCUCGGACAUUUUUCAAUGAGAAAUGUUUGAAUUAGUUUGGGAAAAAAAAUGACAGGGGAGAUCAUUGCCUUGCAGGAGGUAAUAUUUAGAUAUGCAACCUUUUUUAAUAGAGUCAUUACUAAGUCGAGGCAUUUCUACAGUCAACAUCCCCAUGACCCUGACAAUCAUUCAGCUAACGUGGAAGACGUGAUGAAUGGAAAACAUAGCGACAUUUCAUGGUGCAAACUUUUGGAUGCCAAGAGUCAGAGAGGAUAUAUUUGUAACCAUUAAAUGGAUUUAUCUCUUUGACGUAGUUUUAUUGUUACACAGUUGUUACCGUCUUGUUUUUAUAAAGAUUCAACUGAUUUGUGGAGUUUUUGUAUAAUUUUUGCAUUUAAUUGACACGCGUGAUCUUUGUAUAACACAACAGUGCUGUGAUAUAAAACCUAAAUAAAUAAAAGGGCUGGAAAGGAAGUGUGUUUUUGUUGUUGU